UUUUUUUUUUUUUUUUUUUUUUUUUUCAUUUCUCGAUUUCAUUACUGGGAAAGCUGCCACGCAGCGAUGUUCCGAUUCGAGCAGGAGAAGAUCCGAAAACGAAAUUGAUGUUUCCCAAUUAGUUUAUUUGAUCAGUUGAAUUCGUUUCAGUGCUCUUAGGGUCGAAUAUGGCUGAUGCUCUCUCUGUUAUUCCUGCAUUUGUGCUCCGAAACCUGUCUGAUAAGCUUUAUGAGAAACGGAAGAACGCUGCUCUUGAGGUUGAGGGAAUUGUGAAGCAACUUGCUUCGGCUGGAGAUCAUGAGAAGAUUACGGCGGUUAUAAAUCUGCUCACGAACGAUUUCACUAUGUCGCCUCAAGCGAAUCAUAGAAAGGGAGGAUUGAUAGGACUUGCUGCUGCAACUGUUGGCUUGACUUCUGAUGCAUCUCAACAUCUUGAGCAAAUUGUACCGCCUGUACUCAAUUCUUUUUCUGAUCAAGAUAGCAGAGUACGUUAUUAUGCAUGUGAAGCUCUAUACAACAUUGCAAAGGUUGUCAGAGGCGAUUUUAUAGUUUUCUUUAACCAGAUAUUUGAUGCUUUAUGUAAGCUUUCAGCUGAUUCAGAUGCCAGUGUACAAAGUGCUGCUCAUCUCUUGGAUCGACUUGUGAAGGAUAUUGUUACUGAAAGUGAUCAGUUCAGCAUCGAAGAGUUUAUUCCAUUGCUGAGGGAGCGUAUGAAUGUCCUAAAUCCCUAUGUUCGUCAGUUUUUGGUCGGAUGGAUCACUGUACUUGAUAGUGUGCCAGAUAUUGAUAUGCUGGGCUUUCUUCCUGAUUUUCUUGAUGGUUUGUUCAAUAUGUUAAGUGAUUCAAGUCAUGAAAUCCGGCAACAAGCCGAUUCUGCGCUUUCGGAGUUUCUCCAUGAGAUCAAGAAUUCUCCAUCUGUAGAUUAUGGCAGAAUGGCUGAGAUUCUGGUCCAGAGGGCUUCUUCCCCAGACGAGUUUACUCGCUUAACGGCUAUUACAUGGAUUAAUGAGUUUGUAAAACUUGGUGGAGAUCAAUUAGUACCUUAUUAUGCUGAUAUUCUAGGAGCAAUUCUACCUUCCAUAGCUGAUAAAGAAGAGAAGAUUCGAGUGGUUGCUCGGGAAACUAAUGAAGAGCUUCGUAAUAUCAAGGCAUUUCCAUCCGAAGGAUUUGAUGUUGGUGCUAUCCUUUCUAUCGCUAGGAGACAACUAUCUAGCGAACAUGAGGCUACUAGGAUUGAAGCAUUGCAUUGGAUAUCAACACUUUUAAAUAGACAUCGAACUGAGGUAUUGAUCUAUUUGGACGAUGUACUUGACAGCCUUCUUCAAGCCCUAUCUGAUCCUUCUGAUGAGGUGGUGCUCCUUGUUCUCGAGGUUCAUGCUUGCAUAGCGAAAGAUCAGCAACAUUUUCGCCAACUUGUUGUCUUCCUAGUUCAUAAUUUUAGGAUCAAUAAUUCUCUUCUGGAGAAGCGUGGUGCAUUGAUAAUACGCCGACUAUGUGUACUUUUAAAUGCUGAACGGGUCUACCGUGAACUUUCUACAAUAUUGGAAGGAGAAUCAGAUUUGGAUUUUGCUUCUGUUAUGGUUCAGGCACUCAAUUUGAUUUUGCUGACUUCCUCUGAGUUAUCUGAUCUUCGAGAUCUUUUAAAGAAAUCAUUGGUAAAUGCAGCUGGGAAGGACCUUUUUGUUUCUUUAUAUGCAUCUUGGUGUCAUUCCCCGAUGGCUAUUAUUAGUCUUUGCUUAUUAGCACAGUCAUACCAGCAUGCUAGUGUGGUGAUUCAGUCCUUGGUGGAGGAAGAUAUUAAUGUGAAAUUUUUAGUUCAGCUGGAUAAACUGAUUCGCCUUCUGGAGACUCCAGUCUUUGCUUAUCUAAGAUUGCAGCUUCUCGAACCUGGGAGAUAUAUAUGGCUGUUAAAAGCAUUAUACGGUCUUCUAAUGUUACUUCCUCAGCAAAGUACCGCCUUUAAGUUACUACGAACACGUCUCAAAACAGUGCCUCCGUACUCGUUUAGUGGCGAGCACUUCAAGAUGUCUGGGUUGAAUAUACAUGAAGAUGGUGAUCCAAGCCAGGAUGCUGGGAACUAUCGAAAUGGGAUUAACUUCGCUGCUAGGCUGCAACAAUUCGAGCACAUGCAGCAUGAACAUCGCUUGCGUGCAAAGGAGCAGACACUGCCACGGACCAGUACUCCACCUUCGAUGACAACAACGGGGGUUGAAAACUCGGAAGAAACAGGACGGACAAUCCCAACCCCAGCCCCGGCCCCAACCUCAGCCGCUGCCUCAGCCUCAGCUGCAGCACCAGAGACUAAUAGGCCUCCUUCAAGAUCAAGGAGAGGGCUAGGGCAAUUACAGUUAUGAUUAUAUUCUUCAUUAUAUACAGUGGAUUCAGUGAUGCAUCAGAUUUUGUGUAGUUUGUAAAAUUGUAUAUCAUAGUAGAGUUUGGUCUAAAAGACACCUUUUUUUUCUUUUGUUCGUUAGUGUGUGGUUGGGGACGGCUGCAUAUAAAAGAGAUGAGCUCAGUUUUUGGCUGAGCAAUUCUUUUCAUUUUGUAUAAGGGGACAUUUUUUUUACCCAUGUGGUUGUGUUGUUUUUUCGUUGAAGCCAUAGUGGGUAAAAAAAAAGGGGGGAAAGUACUUAGAAGAAGAAAGUUCAGUUUGUUUUCCUUCUCUUUUUCUUCCUUUCAUUUUGCUUGUUCGUCGUCUUGUAACAAUCUUCUUGAAUAAGUUCAAGCUAAUUAAUGUACAGACACUUCCUGUGGGUGUUUAUUGACUUCAAA